UCCCGCCAAGUUCGCCAUUGUGCGCGCCGCGGAGUGGUUGUCCCGUGGAGGAGUCUCGGCGUUUAUUCUCAACAACGUUUAUACUUUUAAUUCUUUACAUUUCUUUUAAUUAUUAGGGAUUUUAUGUGCAAAACUUACGACAGCAGUGAUUAGAAGGAGAAGAGAAUUGACGUGAACGUUGGUUCAACGGGUUUCCUGUGUACCGCGCGCAUUGGUGCGGGUCAAUUAGGUCUAAAAAAAUAGUGCUUCUAUCCGCGAUAGGCACAAGAUAUGUCAAUGUUUCAUGGUGGUGGUGCAAGUGGUGACGAUCGAAUUCUACUAGAGGAAAUUGUGGAAACAUCUGAAGAGCAAGAAGAAUUUUGUUGCAAAAGCGAAAUUGUGGAUGAUUCUGCUGCUGAAGGUGGUGGUGGUGGUGUUUACGAAAAACUACACAAGUCACAAAAGGAUAUUAGUGCUACUGUUGCUGCAGCAGCCUCCUGUCGACGACAAAACUUGGGGCAAAACGUUUUGUUAAACGGUGCUGCUGCUGCUGCAGGUAGCAGAGAAUCAUCGCGCGGACACAUGGAGCAAGAAAGAAGAAUGCGGCGAGAAAUCGCCAACAGCAAUGAACGUAGACGUAUGCAGAGCAUUAAUGCUGGUUUUCAAUCUCUCAGAACUUUAUUGCCACAUCACGAAGGAGAAAAAUUAUCAAAGGCUGCAAUCCUCCAGCAAACAGCUGAAUAUAUUUAUCAACUAGAACAAGAAAAAACACAAUUGUUAUCUCAAAAUUGCCAGUUAAAACGACUGAUAAAUCAACAUGAAGGCGGAGAUGUUCCAAUAAAGAAACGUAAAACCGCCGCCGCCGCCGCCGAUAAUCAAGGAGUUUUCGUGAGUAGUUUACCUCCAACGGCUGCUGCUCCCCAACAACAGUCCAACAAUGAUGAUGAGGGUUUAGGUAGUAUGUCACCUGAUCCAUUAUCCGCUGUAACAGUAGCUGCAAUGAUUACUCCGGAUCAUUCUAAUGAAAUAAUUGAACUUGGGCGACAGCUAGAAAGAGAGCGUCAAGCAAGGCAUCAUUUAGAAAAACAAUUGAGAACAAUUCAAAAUCAGCCUGUAUUUACCACAGCUGCUAUUGCCACAACUACAGAUAGGUUUAGAGUUGAUAAUCAACAACAACAACAACUCAUUGCUUAUCAACCUCAUGAGGUUAUUGAACACACAGAUAAUUUGAUGCAAGUGGCAGCAGUAGAAACCACCACCGAAGAGGAGGAAGUCGAAGAAGAAGAAGAAGAAGGAAGAGUAGUUGGAGUGGAAGUGGAAGAAGUAGAAGAGGAGGAGGAGGAGGAGAUUGAAGAAGAAGAUGGAGAAACAGCUGGAGUUGCUUCAUUGCAAGUAGUUUCCUUGGUUUCCUUACCUCCUGUAGGAUCAACACAAACAGUUGAAACUACCAUUUCAGAUUUAAGUUCACCACCUAUUUCACCACAACCAGUUCAAGUUGAAGUAGAAGAGGUAGUAGCAGAAGAGAUUAAAGAAGAAGAAGAAGAAGAAGUGGAGGAUGAGGAAGAAGUUGAAGAUGAGGAAGAGGAAGAAGAAGAAGAUGAAUUAGUAGAAGAUUCUAGUAGCUCAAAAACCGUUGUUACAUUUGCAAGUCAAAUUUUUCCAUCAAUUGCAGUUGCAGUAGAAGAGCAACAACAACAACAACAACAAAGAGAAACAGAUUGCUCAUUUUCGCCUUCAAUAGUAACAACAACAACAACUUCUUAUGGCUGUACUGAAUCAACUAGCAAUUCAUCCACACAAUAUAUUACUAGUAGUCCUACAAGACCCUAUUCUCCUGAGGAAGAUGUUCAACAGCAGCAGCAGCGAUUACCCAGUGUGUUGGAAGCUGCUAUGAAAGCUGAACCUAAAGUUGAAGUUGAAAGGCUACCGUCUCCAGUUGCUAGUUCAUUAGAUGAUGGAACGCCACAAGCAAGACUAUAUUUAGCAAACACCUCCAGACAGAAUCUUGAAACUAUUGUGGAGGCAAUUCGUCACCUGGAAGGAGAUCAUUUAUUUAGUGAUGAACCUGCUCAAGAUGUUCCACUAGCUCUGACGAAUAAAUCACCAAUCACCACCACUACUACAACAGUGACAGCGUCAUCGACGUCGACGACGACAAAGCAACAGCAGCAGCGACUAGUAACUAAUUUUCUUCAAUUCCAACAACAGCAGCAGGCUCAACAACGACCGGGUGUUAUUGUCGUCAAACAUUCGUGAUCAUAAAUUCCCUCACAUUCAAAACAAUAAUCACACACAAGUGAUAAGAUUUUAAUAAACCCUGUGCGUCUACGUGUGUGUGUGACCUUGGUUUAAAAGAGGAAACAAGAAUUUUCUCUAUUUAGCAACCAGUUGGUGUUUAAGCUUUAAUUUCAUAAUUUUUUGACUUUUACAUACAAUGAUUAUAAUUAAUAUUAGAAAAAACAUUUGACAUAUAAAGAAUAAUGAUAGAAGCAAAAAAAAAAAAGUUUUGAUAUAAAAUAACAAGAAUUUAUGUUACACAUUUAUGUUUAUACUUUUUUUUAUUUCUUCUUUUAUUUUAAAAGUUUAAAGAGAAUCUCGUCAAGAAAAAUUGUUUUUACACUUUUUGAAAAGUGUCUAACGAAUUAUUAAUGCAUAAAAUAUAAAUAUAAAUAAAGAAAAAAAAAAAAAUUAAAUUGAAACAUUUCCAAAAAUGUAACAAAAGAAAAAUAGCUACAAAUAGUCAGCAGGAGUGCUUCUUGAUUAAUCGUGUUGCUGUCGUAUAAAUAUAUUAUAGACAUUGACUAUUAUAAAGACAAAAAAAUACUACAAUAAUAUUUCUAGCCCCUAAGACUUGAACGUAUACUGUAUUAUAAUUACGUUUUCUUUUUUUUUACCUUGUUAUAAAAAUAAUCUAUUUCAGAGUAUAUUAAAGAGAAGCUGUGAGAGUAAUGAGAGAGAGAGAGAAAUAGAGAAAUAGUGUGUGUGUGUGUGUGUGUAUGUUUGUAUGUAACGAUAAACAAAAAUUAUAUGUAUUUCUUUUUAAUGUUGAAUGCUACUCCUACUGUUGCUGCCUCCAUUGCUAUUUUUUAUAUAAAAAGUACAUACAAGGAAGAGGAGAAAACGUGUUCUUUUCAAUCAAAACAUAUUUAUGAUAAUAUAUAUUUGACACACACACACAUUAAAUUGUUGCUUUCGAAAUUCACUUUUUUAUUUAACUUUUUUUUUCAUUUACAUAACUCGAUCUUUAUUUUUCACUCAUUUCUAAUAUCAAACAAAAUAUAAAAUGAUAUUUUGUUUUAAAUUGUGUGACAAAUAUCAUGCGUGUAUGAACGAGAAUUAAUUUUGUUUUGUUAAUUUUUUUAUUCGAAACUAGUCAAAGAAAAACGAGAGUCACGCCCUUUCUUCUAUAUAGCUGAUACUUUUUUUCUGUCUUUAAAUAUGCAUAAAUAGGAUAAAAAAAGAAAAUAAUAAUAAUAAUAAUAACUACAUUUCAAAAUUUAAUAUGCCAAACAAAGAUGGGUUUUAAUAAUAAAAAUAAAAGAGAAAAAGACAUUAACCUCUUUAAUCUUUAUUCAAUUGAUUAAAGUUUUUGAAUCAUCAACGCUGCAUGCGUCAUUUCAUUCAUAGCUAUGACACGAAAAAACCCAGUGACAAAUGCUACUUAAUUAUAUAUCAAUGCAUUUAAAGAUAAAAUAACGUAUAUGAGUUCUGAUGGUUGUAACUUUUAUAAAUUUUAGUGUUACACAUCCGGAAUGAAGGUCAUUUAAAAUGUAUAAAAGUAUAAAUGAUAUAUGUUUCAAGUGACAUAAAUAUUUCAUAUUAGAGCAUGAAUGUGUGCAAUUAAAAAAAAAUAAAUAAAAAAAAUAAACAGUUUUGCAUUAUUAAAAAGAAUGUAUAACAAAACUGUUGUGACAAAAAAACAAAAAAAAAAAGAAAAAUCAAGAAAAGAAUUGCAAAGGAUACAGUAAAUUUUUAAAAAUCGUAUCGCGCUUUCUUAGUAUAUAUUACAGUAAGGACACAAAUGUUUAUGUACAUAAUAUAUAGAAGCAAAUUAAGUUUAAACUAUUGCAAAAUAUAAAACUAUUUAUUUGUGAUAAUUCCAUCUUUAAUAACUUUGUAUCUCAAUCUCUAAUUCUUUAUUAGCUUCAUUAUUUUUCAUUACUAAAAAAUAAUGAAUUGCGUACGUAUAGGCUUACUGCGCGCGCGGAAAAGUAUAGAAAGCGCGAUGCAAUUAUUUUAACAAGAAAUUGCGCAACAAUCAGCAACGAAACUCUACAACCCUAUACAAAAAAAUUGUUUACAGUUAAUUUCACACCAUAAAAUGUUUUAUAUUUGUGUUAUUAGUUUAGCAUUAAUUUUUUACAUUAAUAAAUAUUACAGAAUGCUUUGUUCAAUGAUGAUAAACAAUGUGUGAAAAAAUUGAAGAACAAAAUUAUUAUAAUCGUAUAAUAACAUUAUAGUCGAAAAUGUAAUACAGUAGAACCUCGGUUAUCCGAGCCUCGAUUAUCCGAGAUUCCGGAUUAUCCGAGGCACAAAACAUGCUCGGAUAAUGCGGAAUAACUCGGAUAAAACGGAUCGAGCGACUAAAUUUGGAAAAUAAAUUUUACAAAACCACUAUUUGUGAUCAUUGCAUUUAAAAUUUCGUCCAUUUUUGUCAUUUAAUAUUAUUCUAACACUUUAAACACAUGAAAAAUAAUUUAAAAUUUUGAAAUUUUCAUUGGUUCCGUGUUAUCCGAGUUUUCGAUUAUCCGAGGUACCUCUUCCCCACAUUACCUCGGAUAAUCGAGGUUCUACUGUAAUAUUUCGCAAUUAACUGUUCAAAAUUAUUUUGUAUAGAGUUUAUUUCGGUAGAACUGCUACACAUUAAUAUGAGUAAUAUUAUUACAAUUAUUAUUAUCAUUUAUUAUUUUAUUAAUCUAUAUUAUCAUUUUUUAUUAUUAUUAUUAUUAUAAUUCCUAUUAUUAAUAUUAUUAUUUUUAUUAUUAGUAAUGUGGUGCGAGCGACAUAAGUUUAUCUUGACGAUAAAAAUUAUAGUUCAUCAAGGCCUAAAAAGUUGUAAAAAAAAUUUUUCAGUUAAAUUCAAAAGUGAUUAAAACAUGGUUAUAUUAGUUGAUAAAAAUUCUACACUACAUUAUAUUAUAUAAAAAAGACGAUGAAAUCGGAUUUUCUAAAAUGUCAAUGUGUUUUGGAGAGAAAUUACUCGCAUAGUAAUAGAGUGAUUUUCAGAUUGAUAUGAAAAGACGGUUAACAAUAGAAACGAUGUAAAAAAAUAAUGUGUGUGUAUGUAAGUCUUCAAAAUUUCGCGCGCUCUGUAUACGAAAUUGUAAAAAAAAGUGGAUAAGCGCAAAUUAAGAAUCUUGCGUCGGCAAAACUGGAAUUUUGUAAUUCAAUAAUCACACCAUCUUGUUUCUCUAAAUAUAACAUUCAAUUAAAAACGACUGCUACAAUCCAUCACCUCAACAUGUGUUUAAUUAUGUAAAAGCAUGUUUGUACAAGAAAAAGAAUUUUUUUAAAUUUUUGUUAUCUGUUUUAAUGGUGUAUUACAUGCGUUUAACAAAAUAAAAAUUUCUUUCUUAUUAUCUCUAUUAA